AUGAGUGGAAUUCAGAAUCUAUCAAUAAAAUAUUCAAUUUUUCGUAAUAAAUCAAUGGUUGGCGUUGCAAUUACAUCCGUUAAAUUCGAAUGGGUUGAACAAAAAGUGAAAAAUGCAUCUAAUCGACCAUUUCUAUUGCAUUAUGGCGUAAAAGCACCAAAAGCUUCAUACAUUUCGCUGAAAGGACCCAUGAGGAUUCAUUCAAAUAAAUAUAUCGAGAGCAUUGGUAUUCCACUGAAGAUUGCUAAAGAGCUGAAUGAAGGGCUCGCAGAAAAUAAGCGAAAUUUCAUGUUAAUUUUAGUUCGGCCGAGAAAUAAGGGAGCAAUAACGGAUUUGAAAACAAAUUUUACGGGCACUUUAGCCAAUGAAAUAAUUAAUACAAUUAAAAUUAAAUCAGCCGACAUAUAUAACAUUUUAAUUCCAAAGUUGACAUUACCAAACAAUUGCAAUCAGAAAAAAUUGGACGACACACUUUUUCAUUGGAAUAGUUUUUUGCAAAUAUGGAAUCAGCCUGAAUUCAACGAAAUAUCAGAUGGAAUUAGUUUUGAUCACUUUUAUCAUUUCGCAUAUUUUUCAAUUUCGAACGAUGGAAUUGGUUUCGAUGAUUUUCAUAGCGUUGAUCUUCCAUCUGAACACACGCAAAAUUCGGAAAAUGGGCAACAAUUUCAACCUUAUAAAGAAGCAUAUAAUAUCUGUUUCGAUAGUCCAUUUUUAUUUCUUAUCGUGGAAUUACAUUACAAUAUUCCUUUAAUAAUAGGGAGUUAUGCAGGUGAACCAGCCUUGUUAAAAAGCCAAACUCGAAAAUAUCGCAAGAAAGAGGUUAUAUGCUGCCUGUGUUAA